GGUGGUAGUAAUUUUAUUAGUGUUCGUCACGUGCCGAAUACCCACUAAACUAUUUUUCGUACUCAUUGGGGUAAUUAGAUAAAGACUAUCCCCCAUACAAUUGUCAUACUAAUAAGUAAAAUUAUAGUAAAACAAUGUCGUCUAAAACUCCACCACCACAAGUCAAUCCCACCCGAUUAAAGACAGCCAUUAAAAUGGCCAUUAGUAAACUGAAAUUCUUACAAGAAAAGAAAACUGCCUUAGUUAAACAACAACGUAGACAAUUAGCAGAUUUAUUAAAUCAAGGUAAAGAAUCUAGUGCAACUAUUAGAGUAGAGAAUAUUAUUCGAGAUGAUAUUUAUAUUGAACUCUUAGAAUUUAUAGAACUUUAUUGUGAAUUAUUAUUAGCUAGAAUAUCAAUUAUUUUAGAUAUUAAUCGUACAAGUUGUGAUUCAGGAUUAAUUGAAGCAGUACAAUCAGUUAUUUAUGCUGCUCCUCAUACAGAAUUAAAAGAAUUAACAACAAUUAGAGAUAGUUUAAUUCAUAAAUAUGGUAUAGAAUUCGGUAAGGCAGCCAUUGAUAAUACAGAUAAUCAUGUACCUGAAAAAAUUGUUAAACGAUGUCAAAUAGAUCCACCUUCACAAGAAUUAGUAACAUUAUAUUUAUGUGAAAUUGCUAGAGCAUAUGAUGCUCCAUAUUCAAAAUUAAAAGAGUAUGAAGCAUCACAAGAGGAAGAUGAAGAUGAAAAUGAAGAAAAAGAAAAAGAAAAAGAUAUUAAUGAAAAGGGUGAUAAUAAUAAUAAUAAUAAUAAUAACAAUAAUGAUAAUGACGAUGAUGAUGAUAGUCCUAGUGGAGGACAAAAGGAACUCGCAGAACCGAUUGCAGAGCAACAACUGACCAAACCAGUUUCAAAAGCUAAAGCUGCUCAAGAUGAGUUUGAUGCAUUAAAGGCAAGAUUUGCCGCAUUAAAAUCUGGUAAAUAACCAAUCAUUAAUUAUAAAUCCUUUAAUUAUAUCAUCUCUUCCUUUAUAGAUUAUUAACUAUUUGUUCAAUAUAUGAAAAAUGUACCUUAGCUUA